UCCCGGGUCACAGCGCUCGUAAGUAGCGGAGCCAAGAGCCACGCUCCGUUUGACUCCACGGCCUGUGCCCUGACCCGCCGCGAAGUUAGCGAGCUGAGGUCCCCGCACCCCGAGCCGGACGCGGGUGCAGCGGCCCCCGGCUCGAGCAACCCCGACUGCCGAGGUUGGGAUUCUCAAGCCCGCGGCGGUCCGGAAUGGGGUCUCUGCCCCUCCCCGGGGCGGUGGUCCGGUGACGUCACUGCCUCUUUAAGACCCCCGCCUCCGCCCCCAUCCGCACACUCGGCGACUCCUACGAAUCCCGGUGGGCUACUUUGCAGUGCAGCUCCGCUCAGCCUCAACCUUGCCAUGGCUUCGGCUGGUCUGCAGAUCCUGGGCAUCAGCCUGGCGCUGCUCGGCUGGGUGAAUGCCCUGGUGUCCUGCGCCCUGCCCCUGUGGAAGGUGACCGCCUUCAUCGGCAACAGCAUCGUGGUGGCCCAGGUGGUGUGGGAGGGGCUGUGGAUGUCCUGCGUGGUGCAGAGCACGGGCCAGAUGCAGUGCAAGGUGUACGACUCACUGCUGGCGCUGCCCCAGGACCUGCAGGCUGCCCGCGCCCUCUGCGUCAUCGCCCUCCUGCUGGCCCUGCUCGCGCUGCUGGUCUACCUCGCGGGAGCCAAGUGCACCACCUGCGUGGAGGACAAGGACUCCAAGGCCCGUCUGGUGCUCGUCUCUGGGAUCAUCUUUGUCAUCUCAGGGGUCCUGACCCUUAUCCCUGUCUGCUGGACGGCCCACACCAUCAUCCGGGACUUCUACAACCCCCUGGUGGCCGAGGCCCAAAAGCGGGAGCUGGGGGCUUCCCUCUACCUGAGCUGGGCAGCCUCUGGCCUUUUAUUGCUGGGUGGGGGGCUGCUGUGCUGCACCUGCCCCUCUGGGGGGUCCCGGGGCUCAAACCAUUAUAUGGCCCGAUACUCAGCGUCUGCCGCCCAUGCCAUGUCUCAGGGUCCCUCUGAAUACCCCACUAAGAAUUAUGUCUAAUUCUGGUAGGGCAGUGGGUACUCCUUUGACAGUGGAGUCUAACCCCCUGAGCUGGAGACAUGGAGAUGGUGAUCCAGACAGCUUUGCGGUUGUUUUUUUAAUCUUUUUUUGUUUUUGUUAUUUUUCCUUUUUUGGGGGAGUGGUAUUUUUAAAAUUCAUUUGGUAAACCUAACCAAGAAACUCACAAUCUCUCUUGGGCUCUGCUGCUGGUGUUUCUCACCUUUGGAUGAUGGAGCCAAGGAAGUGAUGCUUCACCGUUUCUAGGUCUUUCUCCACCCUGGACAUCUCCAUCUUGGAGGCCAACCUGCAGCUGUGGGCCAGUGUGAAGGCUGCCUGCAUUUCAGAUGCUCUCAGCCUGUCC